AUGGCGACCGCCGGCGGCCUCUACGUACACUCGGACUCCGGAGCCCCAGCGGGCCGCGACGAUUAUACCACCCUCAUUAUCGUGCACGGAUAUGUCUGGCACGCAGGAACCUUCGUGAAGCUGCAGCCCCUCGCGGCUACAUAUGGGGUCCGCAUCAUUGCGCUCAACCGGCGAGAAUACCCCGGAUCGGUUCCAUACACUGCGGAAGAGCGCGCCCUUCUCCCACCCGUGCCCGACAAGCCUCUCACCGACGCCGAUCAGAUCCGCUCCGGUCAGCAGAUGCUCGAGACGUUCAUGCGGGACCGCGCGCGCGAGCUGUACCAGACCGUCGAGGGCCUGGUUGUUGAGCGCAACCUCCCUCCGGCAAGCACCGGGUCCCAGACCAGCGGGGUUGUGCUUGUAGGGUGGUCCUUGGGCGCAACAUGGAUGACGUCGCUCCUCGCGCACAUCGCGGAAUUUCCCGUCGGAGCCGUCAACCUGCGCGACUACGUGCGACGGGUCGUCUUGUCUGACCCUCCGUCCUUCCUCCUCGGGUAUCCCUAUCCCGCCCACAACCGGUGGAACCCACUCUUCGACACCUCGCUCACGUACGAGGAGCGGGGCAAAGUCUUCACCAAUUGGAUUACCUCCUACUUCGCGCAUGGCGACACCGUAGAGACCUUCGAGCGGCGCCACGCGCUGGAGACGCCCCCGUCGACCCUCGCGACGCAGACGAAGGAGGACUUCGAGGCGACCGUGCACGUCCCGCCCGGCGUCCCCCGGAGCGGCGCCGACUGGAGGCUGAUGUAUGGCUGCACUGCAUUUGGCGUAUACGAACCGUUGCGCAAGGGAACACUCUUCCUCCCGCCGGAAGGAGAGAAGGAGACGUCCGGUGAGGAGUGGCGCGAUGUUGAAGUGCGCUAUGUCUGGGGCGACCGGUCGGUGUGGGACGUCCCAUACGCAGCGUUGCUGCUGCGCCAGGAGGUUGCCGACGGAGUGAGGGAGGGGAGACCGAUGAGGAAAUUCACUUCGCUGUGCGUGAAGGGGACGAACCACUUCGCUCAAUGGGAUGAUCCCGAGCGCGUCCUCCAGGCGUUCCUGGCCGAGCCACAGGAAUGUGAUGCGUGA